AGAAUCAAUGAAGUGUGCCGUAUCUGAAUAACGCCAUACAUUUUCCAACCCACUUUCCGCAAACCCACACACACAGCCCACACUCGCUCAUAGAUCCCACUCCGCCGUCAGUGAACAGCGGUGCUACGACCUCGGUGUAGUCCUGCGUGUUGGUUGUACGUAGCCUAGUGAACCUCUGUCGGUCGGUUGCUUAGCUGAGAUGUAGGGCCACCUUUGUUGGGUUUUUUUAAUACACCAAACUUCAUAAAAAUAAACACACCUAAAAAUGGUUCGGCUGAUGCCAAAAUUCGCAUCGAACUUUUAUCUGUACCUUAUACGAACGGCUGAACCUAAGGUUCCUCCUAAGCUAAGACCACUAUGGGAACAUCCAGCAGGUCCUAAAACAAUAUUUUUCUGGUCUCCGUUUGCUAAAUGGCUGCUGGUGAUAGCAGGUCUUGGAGACAUCUCUAGACCAGCCAACAAGCUCAGUCUCCGCCAGAGUUCAGCUCUAUGUCUCACUGGAUUUAUAUGGUCCAGAUAUUCACUAGUGAUUAUACCUAAGAACUGGAGCCUUUUCGCUGUCAACUUUUUCACUGGCCUUACCGGGACCAUGCAGCUCAGCAGAAUUGCACAUUACACCUAUGUUGUGAAGCCCCAGGAGGAGGCGGAUGCUGCGGAACGUCUCCACAACAAAUACAAGGAUUCCCAAGUAGGGAGUAUACAAGAGAAGAAACCAGAGAAGGAGCUGAAAAAAUAGAUGUAAACAAAUCUUCCAUCUUGUUGUAGAGAGCAAUAAAACAAUUGGAAAAAUAAAAAUCUUCCAUGUUUGAAAGCUGCAAAAUUAGAAAUAAUUCCUUACAUAACCCAACCAUGUAAAUAAUAGUUAAGGGAUAAUGUAUUUAAAAAAAAGCUCAAUGUGAUUUU